AGCAGAGGAGCGGCAGCCGGGAGAAAGAUGGAGGUGAGGGUCGGGGAGAGACUCCUGUGCAUGGCUCUGCUGUGCAGCGGCUUCUUCGUAGAUUCAGUCCUCGGGAAAUAUGUCAAAGGCAUCGUUAACACUAAAGAGGACUGGCUUUUCCUCACUCGAUUCUGCUUUCUCACCGACUUCGGACGUCUGGACUUCCGGUUCCGCUAUCCAAAGUCUCGCUGCUGUCAGAACAUAUUGCUCUACUUUGAUGACAGUUCUCAGUGGCCAGCUGUGUACAAGAAUAACGAAAAGAACUGCUACCAGAAGGAAGCGGUGCUGAGGCCCGAAAACAAUCAGGUCAUCAACCUCACAACACACUACACCUGGUCAGGAUGUGUGGUGGAGGGCGACGGGAACGAAGAGGUCCUGAGUUGCGUGGGCGGGCGUAGUUUCCGCUCCGUGAGGGAAAGAUGGUGGUACAUCGCCCUCAGCAAGUGCGGGGGCGAAGGCUUGAUGCUGGAGUACGAGAUGAAGCUGACCAAUGGCCAGUCUUUCUGGACGCAGCAUUUCUCUGCAGAUGAGUUCGGAAUCCUGGAGACGGACAUCACGUUCCUGGUGAUCUUCUUCCUGGUGUUCGUCCUCUCCUGCUACUUCGCCUACAACCUGAAGGGAAGACAGCUUCUUCACACAACCUACAAAAUGUUUAUGAUGGCGGCAGGUGUGGAAGUGCUCAGCCUGUUGUUCCAUUGUGUCUACUGGGGCCUGUACGCUACAGAUGGAGUUGGCAACGGCAGCCUGAAAUUACUCGGGAAAUUACUGUUCUCCGUCAGUUUCUUGGUGUUCCUGCUGAUGCUCAUAUUGUUGGGCAAAGGGUUCACUGUCACCAGGGCGAGGAUCAGUCACAGCGGGUCGGUUAAGUUGAGCAUCUACAUGACAGUCUACACAAUCACCUACGUCAUCCUCUUCAUCUACGAGGCAGAGUUCUUUGACCCAGGUGAGGUGCUGUACGCCUACGACAGCCCCGCAGGAUACGGGCUGAUGGGCCUGCAGCUGCUGGCCUACGUCUGGUUCUGCUACGCCGUGCUGGUGUCUCUCAAACACUACCCUGAGAAACAACCCUUCUACAUCCCUUUCUUCACCACAUACACACUAUGGUUUUUCGCAGUGCCUGUUAUGGCUCUGAUCGCCAACUUUGGGAUUCCUCGUUGGGCUCGGGAGAAGAUCGUGAACGGCAUUCAGCUCGGCAUCCACCUCUACGCCCACAUCGUCUUCCUUGUUAUCACACGACCCUCAGCAGCCAAUAAGAACUUCCCAUAUCACGUCCGGACGUCUCAGAUCGGGAUCCUGCUGUCCAGCCCAAAAGCAGGCGAAGGGGCGGAGAGUUUCCCCCAUCAUGCAUAUGGAAACGGUUCCUUCCUGGGAGACUCGCAACCCAACUUCACUGAGCUCUUCUCCAUCCAUUCAGAGCCGGUGAAGACGGUGGAGGAGACGGUGGCCCGUAAAGGAGGCGAGGUGCCGAGGAACAGCGAGCAGAAGAUCAUCACCACCGCUGCUGAUUUAACGGCGAUAUUACCCCCUCCUCUGCCUCCGAUACCCCCACGCCAGACCUCACGCUCCCCCCCGCUGCCCCCCCGGCUCCCUUCCUUCACAGAGUAUUUCAGCAUGCAGAGCGGAGGAGGAGGAGCGUUUGGGACGAAGGCAUGAGGCAGGACAGAAGGAGAGGGGGGGAAGGAAUCAAGGAAACAGACAGACUGACAAUGCAAAGUAGAGAAAGAGAUAUGAAGGUGUUACUGUUCAAUGACAGCCAAAAAAAAAGUGUGCAUGGAUGGACGAUGAAGAGUAAUCAUCAGGAAAGCAAAUCCCUAAACGGUCUCUUUUCACCUGCAAAUGGAAAUAACCUAGAAAAGUGAGGGAGGUAAGGGCUGUGAGAUAGGAGAGCAGAGCGUGUUAAAGAAUAAAGAAGCAAUAAAUAUUUGAAGUUGACCAGUAAGAGGCACACAGGGAGAAGGAUGACAAAGUGGAUGUAGCCAGAGCAAUAGGAUGAUAGCUGUGCACCAGGCGGAAAUGAACAGAAUUCUUGAAAUACUCCUGAUCAAACAUUCAUGAGGCAUUGAUGGUGUGUCGGUAGGAGUUUGUAAAUACCUAAAACCGGAGAUAACUACCACUCUGUAUAGAUUAAUUAAAAAAAAAGGAAAUUGUUUGGAUUUUUUUUUUUUUUCACAUCAAUAAAUUCCUGUUGGUGCUGUGACCAUCAGAAAAAAAUAACUCAUACCAUUACAUUUAUCCAAGUCAUGUAAAAAAGAAAAAACAAGACUUUUUUAUGUUUGACACAUUUUUGAUAAAGCAUAGAUAUUAUAUGGAGUUUGUUGGGUUAAUUUAUAUUCUUAUAUGCCUUCAUUGCAGCUGGUUAUUCUGGAUUGAUGUGUAAAUGUAAAAUGUCACGUUUACUGUGGGCACUUCUAGGUACUCGUAAAACACGCAUGUUUGUAUCGUAUUUCCCGUCCUGAUAAAUGUAACUCCACGUGACCAUACAAUAUUCGCUUAUUGUGUGUAUUGAGAUCUAUACUUUUGUGAAUACAUACAAUAGGCUUAAGUAUAUUUUUGACUGGAUGAAUUCUGGUGAUGGAAGCCUUGCGCUGUCUAAAACAUAAAACCAAUAUUACACUAUGUCAGUUUUAGUUUAAUUUGAACUGAAGUGCAGAAUAUUCCUGCUUGAAAAUGUCAUAUCUGUGUAUGUAGACGUUGGUGAAUGUACUGAUGCAAUACAGCACAAGGACAGGGGUGAUUUUGUAGUAACUGGAAUACUACAAUACUCGUUUAGUAAUACUUUCAACAUCCAGGAUGUAAGAGCAGGGGAGGGGGGGAUGCCUUUUUUAAAAUACAAGUUACUUCAUUGUCACCCCUGUCUAGUACCUGAAUAUUUGUUGGCUUUAUUUCACUUUUGAAUUCCAACGUUGCGAAAAGCUGAACAAAUAACACUAGUUUUGUAUCCCCUACCAUUGAGCUAUAACAAAAAAAGCCUUGUAGAUGAACUGUGAAAACGGUAACACAUGUGUACAUUUUGUCUGUCCUGCAUGGAGCACUUUAAUGUUCCUGGUCUUAGUCUGUUUAUUCGUGAUGCCGUCACCUUAUAGGACUGCUUUGAAACCUGUAUUCACGCCACUUACACGAGUAGUAUUCUACAUUUAUACACCUGUAAAUACAGUCAUGUCAUCGACUGGCAAAGUACCAUGCUAAGUCAAUGUAAUUUAACAUUGAACUGUCAUUUGAAAUUGUCCCUGAGUUUACCACUAGCUUUCUGCAAUCCAGAAUAUGCUUAUUGAUUUCUGAAUUGUAGAAAUGGAUCUGAGUUUAUAGUCCACAAAUGUAUCGAUGGCAGUCUUGCUGUAAUGGAGUACUGUAGGAUGUUAGGACUGUGGUGUGUAACUUGUAAGAUUGUAGUGAGAGGUGUAACGUAGUCUGUGAAACCGAAUGAUACUUGAAUUAGAGUAUUAGUCGUUAAUUCUGAUUGUUGGCAUGUCUGCCAUUACUUGACUUAAUAGACACAGACAUGCUCACUGACACUGUAUCACCGCUUCAAACUUUGUGUAUAUGGACGUACAAUUACAGAACUGAGACACUGGGAGUGGGAGAACUUGACGCAAAGAGAUUAUGUAUGCAUGACAGACAACAGCACAGCUUUUAGGCUACUCAGAGCGAUCUGGUUAAGAGCACAUCACUAAAGCACUGUUCAAAUGCAUUUUAAUGGUGUCAAAUGACAACUCUAAACACGCUGUACAUAUACACUUUUUGCCAAAAUAAUUAAAAAUAUAUGGUUUUAUUAGAA